UGCCUCUCGUCUUCUUCUCCUCAAUCUAGAAAUCUUCUGUACCAGCUCUAAUUAUUUCUGUGUGCUGUUUGGACCAAGUAAAUGCCCUUCUUUGUUUUCUUCGAAUACUAAAUAAAUUUAAAAUUAAAAAAAAAAAAGGGAAGAAACAAUACUCAUAAUUAAUGUAAGAGAUUGUUUGACCCAUGCUUUGUACUUUAUAAUUAAUGUGAGCAGGAAUCUCUGCUAUGGCGCAAUUUCAGGGCCGGCAUUAAAAUGCCCUGAUCACCAUUCACCACCACCACCACCACCACUCCUCUUUCCUUCUAUCCUAAAACCCUCUCCAUUCUGAGAUUUCUCAUCUAUUUUAAUUUGUUUUAGUAUAUGCUGAUUUUUCUGAGUUAGAUUUACCCAUCUGUACACAUAAAUUGGUCUGUUUUUUUUUUUUUUUGAUUGAUCUGGAUGCGGAAGGGGAUUAAUUGGAAUGAUUUGGUUGUAGGAGUAUAUGUAAGUAUGUGUAUCGAUAGAUUUGCAGAAAACGACGAAGAUGCUUACAUGCAUAGCACGUUUGAAGCAAUCGAGUGACGAUUCGCGUUCAGUUGAUCAUCAUCCGCCUCCCGAGAAACCGAACGACUCCAAUGGCGGUCCUACUAAACAAGUCGUCAGAACUCUCUCCUCUCAGAUCAAGGAUGUGGCGUUGAAGGCGUCAGGCGCGUACCGCCACUGCGCGCCGUGCGCGAAUCAUCCGGUGGCGCAGCAGCCGAAGAACGGGAGCUUCAGCGCCAGCCGCGAGUCGGACUCGGAUAAAUUCCGGUGGUCGUACCGGCGGACGGGGAGUUCGAGCUCGACUUCCACGGCGGGGCGUAAGGAGCUGAAGGCGAGGCUGAAGGGAAUUUCUAACGGGGAGGAGACGCCGGUGUCAGCGAGCGGGCGGCGGGUCGACCCGGUCGUGUUUGUUGAAGAGAGCGAGUCGAAGGAGUGGGUGGCUCAGGUCGAACCAGGUGUCCUAAUUACCUUUGUGUCCUUGCCACGUGGGUGCAAUGACCUUAAGCAGAUCAAAUUCAGUCGAGAAAUGUUCGACAAAUGGCUAGCACAAAGGUGGUGGGCAGACAACUCCGAAAAAGUGAUGGAACUCUACAACGUGCAGAGGCUAAACCGCCAGGCUGUCCCGUUACCUUCGACCCCAACAAGGUCCGAGAAUGAUGACAUCAGCAGCCCUGUCACACCACCACUAUCUCAUGAGAGACAGCCUCCACCUCGUACAGAUCUACACCAACCAAUAGGAACAGAGACGACGACGACGACGGAAUAUUCCUCGUCAGAUUCUUGCAGUGUACUUUCUUCAACAACUCCAAAGCUCUCGAGUACUCUCAGCAGUACUACUACUACUACUACUACUACUACUAAAACAGAAACAUCUUCGUCUACUUCUGGAGAGAUGUCCGUUGGGAAUAAUAACGGGAGCUGUUCAGAGAGUAGUGAGUGGGUGGAGCAGGAUAAGCCCGGUGUGUACAUUACCAUCAGAUCGCUGCCCGAUGGACGUGGAAGAGAACUCGUACGUGUGAGAUUCAGUCGGGAGAAAUUCGGGGAGAUGCAUGCUAAAGUGUGGUGGGAAGAGAACAGAGCAAGGAUACAUAAGCAGUACUUGUGAUUGGAUUAGGAACAAGAUGAAGAGUGGUGAUGAAAGAGAAAGCGGUAUACUAUAUAUAUACAUGUGUGUGUAAUUUCAGUAUUUUUUAUGGAAGACUUUGUUGUAUACAUAUUUGAAUUUGAAUAGGACAGCUUACAGUUUACAGUUCAUAAAAUUUUGGAUUUAAGUUCCAUCAAAUGUAUGAGAUUAAUAUAUUGUAUUUGUAUUCUUAUUGUAAUAUCAUUUCUUUUAGG